CAACUGUGAUGCGGCUUCGCCAGCAACAUGUACACUGGAGGUAUCUAGGUGCGACCUCAGGUAGUGAACUCGCUGUAUGACAAAGUAAUCCAUAACGACCUGUGGAGACAGUAAAGACAAAUCUCAGUGCCGCUGCCUCUGCUUAUGUAAAACCACUCGUCUUUUACUGUAAGCAGAUGUUUGUUGAACAACUACCUAAAUCAUGCUAACUGUUAGCUACUGCAUUGAUACUGGCAAGGUUAACUAGCGUGGACGAAACUUGUUAUAGUUUAUCUUGGCUAAAAGAUGCAGUGCACAUCAUAAUAAUGUUUUGUCGGGUACCUGUUAAGACUGCAGAGGAGAGAAGACGUCUAGCGAUCCACAUUACCUAAUCGUUGCACGACAACAGCGGAAAGGAACAGCCAUUGGCAUUUGGCAGUAAAAGAAAACAGAACAGCCACAGCGUGUUUCGUAAUGUCCGUCUUGAUUAUUUUUCCGUGUGGAACACUGGAACAGGAUAAUCGUUCCUAUCGUACUUGCCCUGAAGAAAUGUAACCAGUCUAGGCCUAAUGCAGUUAUCAGAUUAUGUGCAUAUGUCAUGAUGUCUGAUGUUUCACUUCUUCAGCUCGUUUAGAUAAUUAUAGUGGCCUAGUUCAUGUUUACUUCUGUGUAGGCCUAUGUUGAUGUUUUCACUUCCUCAGCUCAAGGGCAGGGCAAGAGAAACCAGUUCCAACAAGGCCACUCUACUGUACAAUUGGGAGGGAACGUGCACUUCACUUCUGCCCCUUACAGUGGGUUACGAAAAAGGAGUUUAGUUAAAAAGAUUAACGUUAGGCGAUUCUUCAAUGCAGUUAAAGGAUAUCUUGGAUGUUGUAUGACGAUGGGAUGUUCUGAUUGGAAAGAGAGAGAGAACAGGAUGGGAAAUAAAUAAGAUGGCAUCUUCUCUGCACCCAUGGGGUCUUGGGACAGAAACAAGAUUAUUCUUUUAGAGAUGGUGAAACAGUCAAAUAACAGUUUUUGUGCUGACUGUGGGGCACCUGAACCGGAUUGGGCCUCCUACAAACUCGGUGUGUUUGUGUGCAUGAGUUGCUCGGGCACACACAGAGAUUUGCCAGACAUCAGCCGCAUCAAGUCCAUACGUUUGGACAACUGGGAAGAUGACUUGGUUGAGUUUAUGAGGCGCCAUGGCAAUUCAGCUGUCAAGGCCCAUUAUGAGAAGUUUGUUCCAGCUUUUUACUACAGGCCAAAGCAACAUGACUGUGUAGUGCUUAGAGAGCAGUGGAUUCGAGCAAAAUAUGAGCGGCGUGAGUUCACAGGAGAGCAUAUGCACCUCCAAAAGAUUUACAGUUCAGGUUGCUAUGAAGGGACCCUGUGGAAGAAAGGCAAAGCUAAUAAGCAGUUCUUGAAACGGAGAUUUGUCCUUUCUGAGAAAGAACUAACUCUUGUGUACUUCAACAAAGAUGAUCUGUCCAGAGGGCCCAAAGCAGUCAUCCCAGUGAGAGAUCUGAAUGCAUCUUUCCAGCCAGAGAAGAUAGGCCACCAUCAUGGCCUACAGAUCUCCUAUGUAAAAGAGGACCACACCAGAAACAUCUUUGUCUACCAUGAGAGUGGCCAGGAGAUUGUGAACUGGUUCAAUGCAAUCCGGGCUGCCCGUUUUACAUACCUGAAGAUGACCCUCUCCCCACCCAAUGACAGUGAGCUUCUACCCUUACUAACCAGAAGCAGUAUCAAGGAGGGAUACAUGGAAAAGACUGGACCAAAGCAAAGGGAACCUUUCAAGAGAAGAUGGUUCAUUCUUUGUUCCGUGGACAGGAGGCUGCUCUAUUUUAAAACACCAAUGGAUGCCUUGGAGUUGGGCGCCGUGUUUAUCGGCACUGAGGCCCAUGGCUACUCAGUGAGAGAGAGUGUGCCCAAACGCGCCCGGUGCAAGUGGAGGUGUGGGAUCGUGGUGGAGACGCCGGACAGGCAGUUUGUGUUCAUGUGUGAGCGGGAGCAGGAGCAGAGGGAGUGGAUCGAGGCCUUCAGAGAGGUCAUCGCCCUGCCCAUGCUCCCCCAGCACUAUGCCCUGGAAGCAGACAUGAGCCGCAGGAAAUCGUGAAGAGAGGAGGAGGCCAAACGAGAAGAAUGUUCAUCUCUGCAAUACAUUUGCCUUUUUAAAGACGGCCUUUUAGAGACAUUUUACAAAGAUCUGUGCAUAUGCAUACAAUUUAUGCAUGUAUUGGUACAUUAUAUCGUGUGGGCUUUUAAGUCCCCAAAUGCACUUUUGUUUGUUUUACAUUAAUCGAGCCAGAACCCGCUACUUCAUGACUGGACUGUAACUGGAGAAAAUGACCUGCAUUUCCUUGCCAGUCAUAGCUGACUCGGACUAUAUCAUUUGGAAAACAUAACAAGUUACAAGUUACUUUCUGCAAGUUGAUUGUGCUUUCCUAUGAUUGUUCCUGGACAUUUAGAUUCAAUCAGAUUUUAUAAUAGGCCUAUGUUAUGGCCGUUUUCAUGCUACUGGAUUUUAUGUUUUAUAUGUUUUUUCUUAUGGAAUUUGAUAUUGAAAUGAAAUAAAAGAGUCAA